UAGGAGCAGGACCAACAUGGCAGCCCCCAGGGCCACGGGCCGGGAGCCGAGUUGGUCGUCGCCCUGAUGGGGUUCCUUCUUUAGCAGGCGCGCCGGGGCAGCCCCCAGCCCAACCCAGGCCCAGCCUCCGCCCCCUGCUCUCUUUCCCCGGCGGCGGCAGUAGCGGCGCCACACGCCGUCAUGUUCGCUAAGGCCUUUCGGGUUAAGUCCAAUACGGCAGUCAAGGGCUCGGACAGGAGGAAGCUUCGGGCUGAUGCGGCAGUUGCUUUCCCUGCCUUUGGGCCAGAACAGCUCUUGGAACUAGUGCCUGGGAAGGACGAGCUCAACAUUGUGAAGCUCUACGCUCACAAAGGAGAUGCAGUCACCGUGUAUGUGAGUGGGGGAAACCCCGUUCUGUUUGAGCUGAAGGGAACUCUAUAUCCCACAGUGUACACCUUAUGGUCUUACCCUAGUCUUCUGCCGGCCUUCACAACAUGGCCUCCUGUGCUGGAGAAGCUGGUUGGGGGAGCAGAUUUGAUGCUGCCUGGCCUCACGGUGCCACCUGGUGGUCUGCCUCAGGUACAGCAGGGUGACCUUUGUGCCAUCACCUUGGUCGGGAACAGGGCUCCUGUUGCAAUUGGAGUGGCCACCAUGUCUACAGUUGAGAUGCUGGCCUCUGGACUGAAGGGGAGAGGUUUUACGGUGCUCCAUACCUACCUUGACCAUUUGUGGCAAUUUGGGGACAAAUCAUCUCCACCCACCAUUCCCCUAUUGGACCAGGAUCCUCCAGAAUGUAGGGGGAACGCUAAAGAGGAGGGGCCAGUACAGGUAGAUUCUGUUCUUCAGGGAGACAUGGACUGUCUCACCCUGCAAGGAGACGAGGAGAGCAGCAUGGCUUACAGGACACCGCCUUCAGAAGCCACCGCGGAAUUGAGGGAAGUGGGAAUGGACCAGGAACCAGCUGAUAGCAAGACCUUUCAAGAGCAAAUGGAUGAGCUGCUGCUGAGAUGUUUCUUCCAUGCCCUGAAGUGCCGGGUCACAAAGGCUGACCUCCCUUUGCUCACCAGCACUUUCCUGGGCAGUCACAUGUUUUCCUGCUGCCCUGAAGGACAACAGUUGGACAUAAAGAAGUCAAGCUAUAAAAAGCUCUCCAAGUUUCUGCAUCACAUGAUGAAGGAGCAGAUUGUGCAGGUGAAGGAGUUGAGCAAAGGUGUGGAGAGCAUUGUAGCUGUGGACUGGAAACACCCCAGCAUUACAUCUUUUGUUGUGCCUGAGCCCUCCCCAACUGCCCAGAGUGUCCACGAGGAUACCAAGGAAAAGCCUUAUCACCCGCCGGAGAUCGAAUCUCUUUACUGUAUCCCAGCCAGCAUGACUUCUCUCUUCCAGGCGGCUGGCCACAAGAAGGGGAGUACCCUCUCUGGCAGUGAAGUCCGUGCAAUCAUCAUUGACUAUGCAAAGAAAAACAACCUAGUUGAUGCAGACAACAAAAAUCUUGUGAAGAUGGAUCCCAUCUUGUGUGACUGCAUCUUGGAAAAAGCUGAACAAAACACAAUAUUGAAGCUUCCAUGGGAUAAACUCAUUGAAAGGUGCCUGCAGAGAUUGAAACCUGCCUAUCAAGUGACCUUUUAUGGCCAAGAGCCUAUUGUGAAGAAAGGAAAAAUCUGUCCAAUUGACAUCACCUUAGCACAGAGAGCAUGCAAUAAAAAGGUGACCUUGGUCAGGAACCUGGAGGUCUUUGGUCUUGACCCGUAUUCUGUGGCUGCCAUCCUUCAGCAACGGGGCCAGGCCAGUGCCACCAUCACCCCUGUCCCUGGGGUUAAGGAUGCCAUUCAGGUCCAAAUCCAGGGGAAUCAGAUCAAUCAUCUCAGUCGGCUCCUGCUUGAAGAAUAUAACAUCCCUCGAAAAUAUAUUCAAGGUUUGGAAAAGGCCCCCAAAGCUGGCAAGAAGAAGUAAUGGCCCUAGUGUCAAAUUACUCAUUUCUUGGAAAUCGAAAUCUCUGAGCUGGUAAUUUAUGUGACUUUUCAACUUUUGAGAGGAUGAAAUGUAAUUCUUUACCCAAAUAAAUUUUUAUUCUCAA